AGUCAAUAACUUGGUUAUAGAAAUCGCGGCAGACAGUGCAAUUGAGUGAUUUUUAGUAAUUGUGUAUGUAAUUAUGAGUGUUGUGGUAACAAUAAAUGUAUUCAAUUAUACAAAACUGUUGUGGAUAUCGAAUAUUUAUUAGGACUAAGCGUAAUUUCGCAUGGAAGAUAUUUUUUACAUGAAAUCUAAUAACUGAAAUUGAUUUUUUUCCAUUCCAUGCAUGUAAAAUAUAAACGCCAUAAAAUGUUUAUUCAUUGGAAAUCGCUACUGGCAUUCGGAUUAAUUUUUUGGCUUUUAUUGUGUGCCACGGACCUGUUCGGAGGACAUCCCAGAGGAUAUAUAUACAAUGUUGAAGAUUACGAUCUUCUCUACGAAGCUCUCUACAUGGAAAAAUUAGACCGAUCAGAAAAUGUGAUAUUAAAAUUGAGGGAUUUCGGCGCUUUGCUACUUUUUUGGAAUUUCGCCACUUUUGUUUGUUCCGUGAUCGUAUGUCAAUUUGUCAAAUCGUGUUGGUGGCUGAUAUUUAACGUAAAGAUCAAAACGAUCUUGUGGAAAUGUCUAACUCUCAAUUUCGCCAGAACAAACUCCUUAUCAAAAAUAAAUUCAACGGUCAGUAAAAUACCGAUCAAAAUAAAACCCGCACCGCUCACCAGUCUCCAAGUAAUGGAUUUGAAAAAGCGACUCGCACUUAAAUCUGACGUGAGCUGUCCGAAUUUUUUGAGAGAACGAACCUGCAGCAAUCUGUCGGAUUCUACUACAAAAAGCGCGCCGAGAUGCCACAUGCUGUUUAGAAAUAACAAAAUUUUUAUUCCUCCCAAAGAAGAACGUUUCAUGGACACCAGGCAAAUAACUAAACUGCGAGCAGAAAUUCUGAGAUUACAAUCGAAAUUUCAAAAGGAACAUUCCGAUUUGUUGAAAAAAGUUGAUAUUGCGAAUAAAGAAAAAAAAGAUAUCAACAAACAAUUAUUGGCGAUUCAGAAAGACAAUAAAACCGCUCGACAACAAAUUGAAGAAUUGAUACAAGAAAAGCGUAUUUUUGAAGGGUAUGUUGCUGAAGAAAUUGGAAAUCGCUACGAAAGACAUAAAAUCGAAUACGAAAUCGAAAAAAGCCGUUAUGACGAAAUUAGAAGAGCUCACCAUCAGUUCCGAAACGUUGAAGCAAGAGCUCGAACAAGUUUCCAGAGAUAA